AUGUUGGUGUAUCAGGACCUUCUCACCGGUGAUGAGCUUUUGUCUGACUCAGGAAAAUGGAUUGUCUUGGGAGCUCUAGAUGUUAACAUUGGUGCCAAUCCAUCCGCGGAAGUAGGUGGUGAGGAUGAGAGUGUUCAUGACCAAGCUGUAAAGGUUAUUGACAUUGUCGACACAUAUAGACUUCAAGAACAACCAUCCUUCGACAAGAAGACAUUCAUUGCUUAUGUGAAGAAAUACAUCGAGCUUUUGAUACCAAAUCUCGAUGCAGAACAGGAAAAAGCCUUCAAGAAAGGUAUUGAAGGAGCUACCAAUUUUUUGGUCUCCAAGCUCGUUGAUCUCCAAUUCUUUGCAGGAGAAGAGAUGCACGAUGAAGGCAUUUUGGUCUUUUGUUACUACAAGGAAGGUGCAACUAACCCAACCUUUUGGUACUUCGCACAUGGUUUGAAGGAGAUCAGAUGCUGA